AUGGCCAUGCCUGCUGAGAGGAUCGAUGCCUCCGACUUUGAAGUGAAUGGGCGACUUUCCGACGCCCGCCGAGCAAAGCUGAUGGACUUGAAGAAGAGAGAAGACUUGAAGGAUCAGCUGACUGAGAAGUUCAAGAACCGUUUCGGACAUGGUGCCUGCAAGGAAGCUGACGAGGUGUCUGUGAACUCAGCCAUGAUCCGAAAAGAAGUGGAAAACUUCGCACGGAAGGCGCCAGUCACAAACAGCAAUCUCGAUCGCUUGGAGCGUCGCAUCCAAAGCCGUGCCCAGGGAAGGGCAUUGGAUGAUGCUUCCACCGUCUCCAAGGCUAUCAGUGGUGUGAGCCAGUACACUGGCUUGAGCCAGCGAAGCCGUAGUGCUACCUCUUUGGUUGGGCAACACCUUGUCGCUCCGAGACGGAAGCAUGACUGGUCCAAGCUUGAUGACUAUGCUUCGUACUUGCAUGAGCAGGAUGCGCUUCGUCAAAAAUUGGGCGUCCAAGCGCUGCAAAGGAAGAUGAAGUUGGACUUGGAUGCCCAGGUGCAGGACAAGCUGAAGAGAAGGGACGAGGCAUUGGAGGAGGAGAAGAAGCAUCACGAAAACACGCUGCUUGAGCUUGAACGCUGGAAGCAGCAAGAGAAGGAGCGAGAGGAAGAGAGGCAUCAGCGAAUCCAGAAAGAGAAGGAGGACCGUGAUGAGCAACUCCGGUAUGAACGACUUCUCAAGGACCAGGAAGAGCAACGAAAGAAGGAUGAGGAGGCACAGCUAGUGGAGAAGAUCGUCAAUGAGAUGGAAGCAGACCAGAAGCGAUUCGAGAAGAAGAAAGAGCAGACCAAGCGGGCCAUGCGCAAGGUCUUCGAGCAGAACAAGCUAGAUCAGGUGAAACGAGACGAGGCUGCCAGAGAGGCCAAGGAGAAGGAGGCAGCAACGAUCAAGGAGUUCAAUCGGCUCCUGGAUGAGCAGGAGGAGGCCAAGGCCAAAGAGCUCCACGACCGUAUGGCUCGGCAGGCAGAGCUCAUGAAGAAGCUUCAGGACAAUGUGAACACCAUGAAGCAGGAGUCGGGUGACACCGACGAAGCCCGUGCACGUGCACAGCAGGACGAAGCCGAUCGCCAUUAUUUUGAGGCCGAGUCUAUUAAGCAGCAGCGGCUCAAGCAGAUGAAGCUCGAGAACCAGGCUUACCUUCUGAAGCAGAUGCAUGAGAAAGACGGCCGCAAAGAUGAUGAUAAGUACUUGACCGCAAUCCAGGCCCAGAUCAUGGAUCGCGACACGCAAGAGUUCAAUGCAGUGGAGAAAAAGAAGAUCAUCGAUAGGAAAGAACGCAGCUUGGCAAACCAGAAAGAAAUCAUCAAGCAGAUGGAGUGGAAGGCGGCACAACGUGAGAUUGAAAUGUCUGACACCGAAGUUGCAUUGAACAAGCCUUUGCUCGAGCUUGUGGACCGUACACUCGACCAGCGAGAUGAGAACAUGGAGCUGGUCGCACAGAUCGAAGGCUGA